CAUCAACACAUCCCUCUCCUCACUCUUGAGCCAUAGGUCUCAGGACGCGCCACGAAUCGACAAAGCAUAUAGCUUGUCGACGUAUUCACAACCUAUCCACAACGACGAGCGCUUUUUCCCUACAACACAGUAUAUCGUCAACAAUCUCAACCUCUUUCAUCAUGUCCAAUCACAGCGACAAGUCUUACACCGAGCAGCCAAUUAGCGAGCGUGCUCUUACCGGUCGUCGCAUCAGCUAUGCUCGUACUCAACCUGGCGAGCCUGAACCGUCCGCGGCCAACGCCGUCAUGCGUCGCCCGCUGCGAGUACCUCACGACACUCAGCAACCCCAUCCCCUCACAUCCUCAUCCCGAUCGGGGCCUAAUCCCUCGCCUUCCUCAGCACCUCAAGGCCUCCCUCAAAUGCCAGCGCACUCCCAUGCGCUGUGGCCGAACUUCGGUGCCCUUGACUCGCUUCCGGCGUCCUCUUCCCACGCCACUGGACUUUGCCACUCCGCAGGUCUUUCUCUGCCUGUUGCACAGUAUCCUUUACCAUCCCUGUCCAUGUUCGCCCAUGUAGUCCUUCCAAUUUCUCAAACGCCGCAGCCGUCACUGCAGCACGUCCCACCACGGCACCGAAGCAGCGCCUCGAGCGCGAGCUCAGUCGAGGUCCACGCGUAUCUCACCGACAUCUCCAGUAGCGAGGAGCACAAUACAGAUAGCGCAGAACGAACUCUGGCUGGAAGACCUGAUAGAGCUAUCGUCAGGGCUGUCAGUAAUGACCGCGCCGACAUCAGUGAAGGCAUGGGCAGCCGCGGUGGCGAUGAACUAGAGUAUGCUGAGGACGAUGAUGGGAUGUUGGUGCACGAGGACGACGCCGUGCAUGUGGGCGACGAAGAUGACGGCUCCCCCUUCAGCGGCUUCAGCGAAAACGUCGAUCAGCUUGACGACGACCAGUACGAGCCUCGCUCCACGGUGACCGACUUCGGGUCGACACUCUUCUUCCGCGACUUGGACGACCGGGAACGUUUCGCCUACAUGGAAGAUGAUCGCUUCCAACACGAUGUCGUUCUUUCCCCUCGUUCGUCGCCCGAACAGGAAGCACGCUCCUCGUACGCUAGGACAAGAUCACCGCCUACCUCGUCCAUCACAAACUAUCGCCGACACGCAGCUACGCCAGAUAAUGGUGACAGCAGCGCCGCAGAUGAGAUUCCUGUCCAUCGUUCUCCUCAAGAGGGUCCUCAACUCGAACAAGCGUCUUGGACGCCCACAAGUGCCACAAUAUCGAGCUCGGGGACCACCGCACAGCAAGAGCCAUUGGCCCCGCCCACUAUAAUACGUCCUUCCAUCCCCAACUUGCUCAACGCAGAGGAUAGGGAGGUCCCGAGACCUUGGGGACCCAGCGCAAUCACAGUUGACCAACAUGCAGAUCCAUACGCGACCGCGCCUCGCGAAGCUGAGAGGCUUGUUGACACAAGCCCGACGUAUCCUACCGCCACCGAUGCAAGAGGCCAAGGUGCGCAGACCCCAGCUGCAACCGUCUCAUACUCAAUCGACAAUUCCUCUCCGAUCCUGCUAGGUCCUGGUUCCCAGCUUUCGUUGAGACUGUCGAUCCAUUCACCUACUCCCCGGACAGAACCAGCUGUGCCAUCGGAGGAUUUCACUGGCGCGGCUGAGCAUGGCGCGCCCGAUCGUUCUUCGCCCUGGCCGUCAGACGCAGACCUUAGGGUAGCCGGCCCUUUUCUCGAGUUUAUUGCAUCUGCAAGGGCGACGGGUGUGUGGUCAUCUCCUGGAACAGGCAAUGGGCGUCUAUAUCCCGACACGGGCAACGUCCUAUCUCCUGGUGCCACUUCCGAGUCGGCAACGCUGACCGGCGGAACAAUCAACAUCGAUCUACCCAAGGUUGUCCCCUUCGCCACAGCGCCAGCUUCCGUGCUACAUGAUUCGACGCAAUUUGGGCAGCAGGGCCAGAGCCCUCGUCCACUUUUGGCUCAUCCACCUUCGCCUCAUCCGCCUUCGCCUCGUUCACGUUUACCUUCGCCACUUCCGUCGUCGUCGUCAGCCCCGGAACAAGAAACGCCCACUUCCCAGCCGUCACCCCCGUCAGACUAUGUCGGUUGGGUCGAUCUUUGGCGCGCAAAGGUGGACGUUGUGCAGCAGGCUGUAAUUGGCGAAUUUGAGGUUGAUGAGACCGGACAAAGUAACUCCUCCCCUGCCGAGCAUGCAGCAACCCUGCCUUCUACCACUGGCACAGCGGUAGCUCCACUCAAUGAAGGGUCAGGCGAAAAGGGAAAGAAGAAAGGUGUUGAUAAGAAGAAGAAGACCCCGCCCAGUAAGGCUCGGCAAGCCUUUGUGAACUCCAUCAAGUUGGGCGGCCCAUGGCUAUUGAACGCGGUGCGAACGGCCUGCAGACUGACUGGCGAGCUUUUCCCCGAAGAGGCCAUGGUACCAGAUGACGAUCUCCAUGCGGAACUUCAAGAGCGCUCGGAUGCGAGCCCGGAAAUCGUACAAGAUGGAAUUACGACCAGUCGCGGUCUCGAGGGAGAAGCGCGCGACCAGAGCGUAGACGAUUUUUCACACGCUGCGGACGAAGAGGGGCUUGAAUUUGAACAUCAGGGGGAUGGAGAACAGGGCGAUGAGUCGCGCUGUCCGAUUCCCUUUUUACUAUAUGUGGUCCCGCGCUCGGAAGACGAGACCGUGGAGGAGGCCCUUCAGAUAGGCCAGGGCGAGAUCCACGAACAAGUUCAAAGACUUUUCUUCGAUUCCUGGAAUCUCGCAAUCGCCACGGAUCGGAAUAAUCCACCCGUUGUUGACCCUCAGGGCCAAGCAGGACCCUCCACAUCCGCACAACCACCGGCACGGGGACCUAUGGAUCCCGUGUACCCCGCUCAGACCAGGGUCGUCCUCUUCGUGGCCUGCGAGAACGCGUACACCUUCACGGUCGCUGAGCUCGGCGACGACGAGUCGCCGCUCCGCGCACCCGACGGGAGCGAGGGGAACAACAAGAAGAAGGGUGCGAAGAAGGGCGGCAAAAAGGGCGGCAAGAAGGGCAACAAAAAGGACGGUCAGCAAGAUCAAGACCCGCUUGAGAUGCUGCCCAGACGCCGGUUCAACUCUCCCGGCGACGUCCCUGUCAACUACGGGGACUGGAAUGUUCCGACUCGUAGCACCGUCGAAGCGAGGGCGAUGGAGGCCGAAGGCAUACCGGAAGAGCUUCACGCAGAACCGACGAACAACAGCGGGCCGGCGCAGGUCGACGCGACGGCAGGCGAACGUGGAAUUGUCCGAGGUCGGCAGGAUGAAAAUCUCGGCGGCUGCAGUGCAGGUGCCGGCCAAGGGAGUGAACCCCGUGACGAGCGCCAGUCGAGCCAGGAGGGGCGGAGGCAGGACAGCGAGGACGAGGAGGAAAAGAAGAAAAAGAAGAAUGCCAAACCGCGCCCACCACUCCGGUCCCGGCGCGAGAUCCUCGAGGAACACCAGGAAUGGUUACCCAUCCGGUACGACGAUCGCACGCUGGGUCAGGACCUGCGUGUCAUUCUGGCGGAAGUGCACCUCAUCAUCAGACUGUCCUACUCACCUCUGGAUCCGGUGUUCGGCGCGCAGCUGCUCAUCCGCAAUCUCAACUCCACCGCAGCUGAGAUGGCGACCGCAGCUGAGAUGGUGCAGAACGCAGGCAAUGGCGCUCAAGGCAGAGUCACGCGCUCGAAAAGCCGGAAGCGUCAGCGCGCUGAGGGUGAGGACGAGGGCGGGAAUAACGCCGAACCCUCCAAGCCGACGAAGAAGCGCAAGACUGCGUCGGCCACAUCUUCGCAACAACCGCCGAGAACGUCCUCGACACAACCCCCCGCCCCUCGCGGCAGCAAGCGUCGCCGGGACGAAGCGACCGAGGACGCUGCACCUGCACCCAAGCGCACGCGGAGGGACGAAGAGGUUGCUGGUGAUGCUGACCAGCGGCCUUCUGCCCGCGCCUCUGCCGCGACCGGAAGUCGGCCUCCGAGGCUGAUACUGCCAGGACCGUCGGUCGACACGUACGCGAGCUUGAAUGAGUCACUUCGGGCCGCCCACGCGUUGCCAGUGGAUGCAUCUGUGUCCCAACCCGGGGCCUCUAUAUUCAGGCAGCCUCCAAGGUAUCCCAUAUAUCAUCCACCACCAGAGCAACCUAUUGCAGGACCGUCGCGUCUUCCUAUGGCAGGCCCGUCGCGCCCCUUCCGCAAGCGCCGUCGGGGAGACGAGACCGACGACGACGAAGACGACGACGACUAUGUCGAGGAAGGCGGCCCUGUAACCUGGGAGAGCGGGCGUCGCGCGAAGAAGCCCAAGAAGCAGUAGAAUGAAGUGUGUAAUUUGUGUUGCUGUACGGAUAUGCGUUGCUAUACGGACAGAUGAUAUUGCUUUUGGAUAGGACUCGCGGACUGCUGAUUCUCGUUUUCUGUUUCUUGUUUUACGGCUUCAUCUUCCUUCCAUACCUUAUUUCUGUGUAAUCGGACUACCUGACUUGGACUAACGGCUACUUGUACUAGUUAUACCCAUAUACUACAUAUACCCUAGUAAUUCCAUCUCCAUUCCCCGCAUGCU